AAACGUAGUUUUACGCCCUUGCCAUUUCUAAAUUUUUCUCGUAAUGGCUCAACCUCAACCUAAACAACAGCCAGCAUGGUUACGAAGAGGAAUAAAUGCUAUUCUCUUAGGUGCACCCGGAAGUGGCAAAGGAACUCAGGCUCCUCUUUUAAAAGAACGUUACUGUGUAUGUCAUCUGAGCACUGGUGACAUGUUGAGAGCAGAGAUCGCUUCUGGAUCAAAGCUUGGAGCUCAAUUAAAAAAAGUAAUGGAUGAGGGAAAGCUUGUCUCUGAUGACUUGGUUGUGGAUAUGAUCGAUUCGAAUCUGGAUAAACCUGAAUGCAAAAAUGGUUUUCUGUUAGACGGCUUCCCUAGAACUGUAAUACAAGCACAAAAACUCGACAAUUUGCUGGAUCAACGCAAAACUACUCUUGAUGCUGUUGUAGAGUUUGACAUUGACGAUAGUUUAUUGGUGAAGAGAAUCACUGGCCGGCUUAUACAUCAGAAAAGUGGACGAAGUUAUCACGACGAGUUUCAUCCACCAAAAGUAGCAAUGACUGACGACAUUACAGGCGAGCCUUUAAUUAGACGAAGUGACGACAAUGUUGAAGCUCUUAAAAAACGUCUCGAAGCUUAUCAUAACCAAACACGUCCACUCGCAAGCUAUUACGCUUUACGAGGCAUUCAUUACAAAAUUGAUGCGUCUCAAAGUGCAUCGCGUGUGUUUGAAAACAUUGACGAGAUUUUCAAAGGGCAGAGACAAAAACGAGCUGCACUUUAAAGUGAAUAAAUUUUAUAAUGAAAAUUUAUGAACAUUUAUUGAGUGACGUAGAAAAUGAAGAAAAAGAAAAGUUUCGUAACAGGUAGAAAAAUUAUUUAAUGUUCUUCUCAUCUGUUCGUCGUUUUUUUUUUAUAUCUUCAUUUCGUAGAUUUCGUUUUCUUCGUUUUCUACGUCGCUCUUUUUAUCAUUAAGAACUCAUUCGUCUUCUUAUCUUAUCAUCAAGUGUUCAUAAUUGGAAUUGAAAGUUAAACGACCUUUUCUUUUUUGAUUUUCUUUUUGCGGACAUUUGAUUUAGUUGAUUAAAUUGAUAAAACACUUUGUUUGUCGAUAAACAAACUCAUACAGACACAAUGGAACUUGGUUCACUUUCGACUGUUGAAAUAAAGUUUCAAAGUAAGUCCUAGGUAGUUAAAUGUAAAUGUUGGGAGAAAAGAAAUAAAAAAGAUGAUUGAUUUAAAAAAUAUAUUUAUUAUUUAUAAUGUUUGUUUUUAACUUUCUAUUUACAGCUGAACUUUACACACUUAAAAUAACUAUUCAAGUACAUUUUUAUAAUUAAAUACAGUCGGUAUUUCACUUCACUUAGAUAUUACUUCCCGUUUGUAAAACUAUGCAAACAAGUUUCAGGUAAAAUUUAACGAGUUCUCGUCUCGUGUGAUGGAAAGCAUGAAAUCGAGUCACACAAAAAUAAAUGAAAAAAACUAUUGGGAAGAACGUAAGUAGUGCAAAGAUGAAAGGUGCAUGAAUCAUCUUCUAAAGCAUGAAUUAAAUCUUUUGUUCGUUUCUCUUUCUUCUUGUUCGUAAGUUUCAAUAUGAUUAUCUGAUUAAAAGUACACAUACAUAUGUUGGGAGUGAAUCACUGGUUAUGUCACAUAAAACACUUUCAAAAUUAAAGCUUAUAAAAUGUUUCUUAAAAUGUUCAUAGCAAUAUGAGUAUUAAUAAUGAAUAUAAAUUAUAUUGUGACCUUUAAUAUGACGCAAUUUAUGAGUCACCAUAAACCGGUUUU